AAGAAUCUACAACAACUGACCAAUCAACGACAUUUGCCUCAACUACACAACAAUUGACAACAGUUAAGUCAACAUCUAUAGAUGAUUCAACGAGAAGACUGUCAACCACACAGCAAUUUUCUACAGACAAGUCGACUACACAACAAUCAACUUCAAGAGAGUCUACAACAGAAGAUUUAACAAGCGAAGAGUUAACUACUAUUACGUCAACUAAAAAACAAUCAACAACAGAGGACUCGACUACAGAAGACGCAUCAACUACUGGUGCUUCAGUGACACAAGGAUCAACUACAGGUGCAUCGACUACACAAAAUCCCACAUCAACAGAAGAAUCAACAACGGCAGACCAAUUGACGACAAUUUCCUCAACUACACAACAAUCAACAACAGUUAAGUCAACAUCUAUAGAUGAUUCAACGACAAGACUGUCAACCACACAGAAAUUUUCUACAGACAAGUCGACUACACAACAAUUAACUUCAAGGGAGUCGACAACAGAAGAUUUAACAAGCGAUGAGUUAACUACUAUUACGUCAACUACAAAACAAUUAACAACAGAGGACUCGACUACAGGAGACGGAUCAACUACUGGAGCGUCAACGACACAAGUAUCGACUACAGGUGCAUCGACUACACGAAAUCCUGCAUCAACAGAAGAAUCAACAACAGCAGACCAAUCGACGAAAGUUGCCUCAACUACACAACAAUCGACAACAGUUGAGUCAACAUCUAUAUAUGAUUCAACGACAAGAUUGUCAACCACACAGCAAUUUUCUACAGACAAGUCGACUACACAACAGUCAACUUCAAGAGAGUCGACAACAGAAGAUUUAACAAGCGAAGAGUUAACUACUAUUAUGUCAACUACAAAACAAUCAACAACAGAGGACUCGACUACAGGAGACGGAUCAACUACUAGCGCCUCAACGACACAAGAAUCGACUACAGGUGCAUCGACUACACAAAGUCCUACAUCAAAAGAGGAAUCAACAACAGCAGACCAAUCGACUACAAUUGCCUCAACUACACAACAAUCAACAACA